AAUUUUUAACAUGUAAGCUAGUACAGUAUGUUGCACCGUAUCAUUUCUUGAUAUACAUUGUGUGUUUAUACAUUGAGGAUAUAAUAAAGAGAUGGAUGCAUCAUUUAAUGAAGACGAUCAUCAAAAGUUUGAUGUUGUUGUAAUUGGUGCGGGUGUCUCAGGUUUGACAGCUGCUAGAACGCUGCUUAAACGAAAUAAACAAACAUCUUUAAUUGUUUUGGAAGCAAAAGAGAGAAUUGGCGGAAGAACUUAUGGAGAAUAUAUCGAUUGCGGUAAUGGAAAAACUAAGAAAUGGGAUCUUGGAGGUCAAUGGGUUGGAGACUAUCAAACAAAUGUAAUGAAACUACUGGAAGAAUUAGAAUUAGAUACAUAUCCUCAAUAUAUGAAAGGAAAGAAGAUUUUGCAAUUAAGCGAUAAUUUAAUAAGGUAUUACUCAACAAAUAUUCCAUCUAUGCCCUGGUAUGCUCUCUUGGACUUUGCUUAUCUUCUACACAAAGUAUAAUAUCCAGAAUCAAUGAAAUAUGUACAGUAUAUUAUAACAAUUAAUUAAUUAAUAGAUUAAUAAAAUGACAAAAAAUUUCCCCUUGGACGAUCCCUAUUCCUUUCCCAAUGCUGAAAAAUGGGAUAAUAUAACUGUUGCAGAAGCAUUGGACCAAAUGAGCUUUUUCCCAAAACUUAUGAAGGAAACUUUAAAUGCAGCUUUUGCAACUUUAUUUGGAGCGGAUAUAAAUCAUAUAUCAUUUCUAUAUUUUGUAUACUUUUCGGCUACUUCAAAUGGAUUUGAUAGGCUAAUUGGUGAUGUUAAAGAUCAUGCCCAAAGACUUAGAAUUGUUGGAGGAGCUUAUCAAAUUGCGGAUAAAUUAGCCGAAUAUAUAGGCAAAGAUAAUAUUCGCCUUAAUUGUCCUGUUGUUUCUAUUAAACAAGAAAACGAUAUCACUACUGUCACUUGCUUGAAUGGAGAAACUUUUGAAUGCAAAUACGUUAUUUUGGCAAUUCCUCCACAAACUAUCGCCCAAAUUCAAUUUACACCAAGUCUUAACUCUGGAAGGAUGCAUGUCCUUCAAAAGUUACCUUUGGGACAUCUUACCAAGUUUAUAAUAACAUACAAGAAACCAUUUUGGAGAGAUAAUGGCUUUUCCGGCGAAAUAUUAACCACUGGUGGACAGUCAAUAAUUCCCAAUUGCAGUAGAGGUCCAAAUUGUAUUGUUUUUGAUGCAACUACACUAGAAAAUGAUGCGGCUUUAGUUGGUUUUAUAGGCGGUUCUCAACAUUUUGAAUAUUCUGCUAAAACGCUUGAAGAGACAAAGAUAGCGGUAACUUCUCAUCUUGCUGAAUGCUUCGGAAAUGAGGCAUUAGACUAUGUUUCGUACGCUGAAAAGAAUUGGACUGAGGAACGUUACAACGGCGGAUGCCCUGUAGCUGUUUGUAGUACAGGUCUAAUGUCUUUGCUAAACGGUAGCUUAAGGGAUAAACACGGAAGUGUUCAUUUUGCCGGUACUGAAUCUGCUAACGUUUGCUGCGGCUAUAUAAGCGGUGCCGUUCAAGCUGGUGAAAGAGCAGCACUUGAGGUAUCGGAGUUGCUAUUCCCGGGAACUGUAUCAACAGCAGAAAUGGAGAAAGUUUCUUGUUUACAAACAAGAUUAAGAGCUAAGAAUAAGUCAUGUUUUACAACAAAAUUACUAUAUUUUGGUUUAAUAGCUGGCGGUAUAGCCUCACUAUAUAUGCUUACAAAGAGGAAACUCUUAUAGAUUCUUACAAAUCACUAAUAUCUGCUUUCAGAUAUACAAUUCUUCUUGAUUGAAUUUGUUUAUUUUGAUUAUAUUUUAAGAAUGAAAUACAAUUUUAGACGAAGUUCUAUUUAUUCUAUGAGAAAA